CAACUCUCGUCAACUACGCUUAUAUAUCUCUACAAUUUCAAAAUCAGAGAUCUUACUUGCAGUAGCAGUUCCACAUCGACCCAUCAUGAACCACUUCCCUCAAGCAUGGGGACGACCCAGCAACGACGUCUACGGCUCUUACGACCAUUCAUAUCUCCAAACCUCCGCUCCUCAGACACAUACACAGUCACCGACAGUAACAGGAACAUCAGUAAUCGCCGUCAAGUUCAACGGCGGCGUAGCAAUUGCAACAGAUAAUUUAGCAUCCUACGGUUCCCUCGCCCGGUUCACGGACAUAAAACGCCUACGCUCCUUCGACAACUCCACCGUCAUUGGUUUUGGCGGCGACGUGUCCGAUAUGCAAUACAUCGACCGCGUCCUAAACUUCCUGAGUAUCGAAGAAAACUACUCAACCUACGGCCAUUCCCUCAACGCGCAGAACCUGCACACCUACCUAUCGAAAAUGAUGUACAGGCGACGGUCGGAAUUCAACCCUUUGUGGAAUGUCAUCCUCGUUGCAGGCUUUGACGGCGAGGAGAAGCCCUUCCUCAGCUCCGUCGAUCUGCUGGGCAACACAUACUCUGCGCCGCACCUGGCUACGGGAUUUGGAGCGCAUCUGGCCAUCCCAGUAUUGCGGAGGCUGUUUCCGGAGGAGGUCCCACUGGAGAAUGUCAAAGAGGAGCAGGCGGUUAGGGCGCUGCAGGAAUGUAUGAAGGUGUUGUUCUAUCGUGAUGCGAGAAGUACUGAUCGGUACUCGAUUGCGGUAGUGAAGAAGGAUGGAGUGGAGAUGAAGGAGAAUGAGCGGUUGGAGAACCAGAGCUGGGCAUUUGCGGAAGGUAUUAUAGGGUAUGGAAGGGCAACUAAUUGAGCUGAGUAACUUGUUGGGGAAGAUGAAAUGAUGGAUGGGACGGGGUUGAGACAGGUUGAGACGGGGUUUCUGAUCUUAUUUCCUUAAGAUGUUGAUUUGUACUUGAUUCGAGCUUUUCCGUUUUGAAGCAACUUGAUUUAGUCUCGCUCUAUGUGGGUAUAUGAGCUGUCUCUAGAUCUACUGAUGCUCUUUGCUGGAGCUAGAUGUCUUAAUCCCUCUACGGCUGUGAUACUUACUGACUGCAAAUCACUGUAACUGGCCUCCUCAUGGAA